CACUACCCUCGCAUAAUCGCUCGCGCGGGCCGCCAUAACGGACGUGCCGUAUUUUAUUUUACCGCGUUUUGUUUCCCUUUCGUUCUUUCCGUUUAUGAUUUAAAGCCACCAUGUCGAAGGGCGACACCGAACAGCAGAAUGGCUCCGGCGAGGAGUCCAAGACUAACCUGAUCAUCAACUAUCUACCCCAGAGCAUGACGCAGGAGGAAAUCAGGAGUCUCUUCUCCAGUAUAGGCGAAGUGGAGUCGUGCAAGCUGAUAAGGAACAAGGGGGCGGCGUUCCCGGACGCGCUCAACCACGCGCUGCACGGCGGCGGACAGAGCCUCGGCUACGCUUUCGUCAACUACCACCGCCCGGAAGAUGCGGAGAAAGCGAUUGCCACCCUCAACGGCCUCCGCCUGCAGAACAAGACUAUCAAGGUAUCGUACGCUAGACCCAGCAGCGAGGCCAUCAAAGGCGCCAACCUCUACGUAUCAGGGCUGCCAAAGACAAUGACACAAUCAGAAUUGGAGCGGCUAUUCAGCCCAUACGGCCGCAUCAUAACUUCAAGGAUACUCUGCGAGAAUUCUGGCGGGAGACCGUUCACUGGAGGAGAACAAGGCUUAUCUAAGGGCGUGGGAUUCAUCAGAUUCGACCAGCGCGUAGAAGCCGAGAGAGCUAUUCAGGAACUGAACGGAACAGUGCCCAAAGGAGCAUCAGAACCGAUCACAGUGAAGUUCGCAAAUAACCCAAGUAACAACGGCAAGGCGCUCGCACCGCUGGCCGCGUACCUGCCGGCCGCGCUGCGCUUCCCUGCCCCGCUCGGCCGCUUCAGCUCAGGCAAGUCCCUACUCGCUAUAAACAAAGGCCUCCAAACGGCUCUACCUCAGUAG